AUGCCUACUGUGUUGGGUUGGGGCAAAGCCAGCCUGGGAGCUCUUGGCUUGCCUGGCUCUGAGCACACCAGCGUGUCAAGCCCACACCAGAUCCGGUCACUUGAAGGUGUGGAGAUCCAGAGCAUCAGCAGUGGGGAGAACCAUACCUUAAUCUGCACGAGGGAUGGCUCGGUCCACAGUUGUGGUGCUAGUGACUUUCAGCAGUGUGGUCGUGGUGGUAUUCUGACACAGUUUGGUCGAGUGGAAGGGUUGGAUUCCCAGCAUGUGAUCCAGGUGUCUGCAGGUGCUUCACACAGCGUUGCACUUACCCAGGCUCAUGAAGUAUUCACAUGGGGGAAAAACGACUCUGGUCAGCUUGGUCGGGGAGAAGUCCCCCUUGAAAAUCAGGGGAUACCAAAACUGGUGAAGUCACUUGCAGUGCGCUGUGUAUUGCAAGUCUCCUGCGGUAGUGAUCAUUCUAUUGCUCUGACAAAUGAGGGUUUGAUCUUUGUCUGGGGCUCAAAUUCCUACGGACAGCUGGGCUUGGGCAAGAACGCACCAUCCCACCAGAAUCUUCCAGAGCUGGUCUCAUGUCUGAAGGGUAUUCCCGUCCGACAGGUGACAGCAGGCGGUAAUCACACACUCAUCCUGUCGAAGUCUGGGGCAGUCUAUGGCUGGGGCAGGAAUAGUUUUGGCCAACUGGGACUGAAUGACACAAAAGAUUACUACCAACCACAGCAGUGCAGACCACUUAGAAACCAACGGAUUAAGUACAUCUGUUGUGGGGAUAACCAUUCAGCUUGCUUGACCAAGGAUGGUCGUGUUUUCACUUUUGGAGCAGGCAGUUAUGGUCAGCUUGGUCACAACAGUAACAACAAUGAGGUUUUACCCAAGCAGGUCAUAGAAUUAUCUGGCAGCGUGGUGACCCAGAUUGCCUGCGGAAGGGGGCACACACUGGCAUAUGUUCCUAAAUACGGCAAGCUGUAUGCUUUUGGGCUUGGAGGAAGUGGUCAGCUUGGGCUGUCAACUACGGAGAACAAGAACAGUCCAUUUGCUGUGCCAGUACCUUUUGCUGCAGGCAGCGGCCCUCUGUCAUCACAUUCCUCGAUGCAAAUUGACAGCCAGGGCCCAGAACUCAGGGUUAAAAGUAUAUAUGCAGGUGGAGAUCACUCCUUUCUUAUUGCUGAUGAUGCAGACACAUGUGCCUCAGAUGACUUCAGGAUAGAGGACCCGGCUAAGCAGAUCCUCACUUUAUCUCAACACAUGAUUGAGAUGUUGCGUCCUCUCAAUGCAGCAGACACACCUUCCCUCGAACUCUCUGAUGAAUUGGAUAAGGUAUUCUCAAAUGCUUCUUGUCUGAAUGGCUCGUUUUUGUUACCGAAUGAUGAACACUAUGGAAGCAACAGUAGGAUACAUGGCAUAGACAUGGCUGCAGUGAGAACUUUUUUCCAAGACUUAGCUACAGUGUCCAAUAUUGUUGCACUACAGUAUAUCAGCACUGACAUUGAGCAGCACUUGAUCCCGAUGCUGCCAGUCUCCCCUCCAGAUGUUGAAGCCCUGCGUUUGUACCUCAUGUUGCCAGAGUGUCACUUGUUUGAUCAGCCCAAGCUGUACAAUUCUAUCAUUUGCCCAUUUGCCAAGAACUUCCUGUCUCUGGACAAAGUGGCCCAGAAAGUGUUCGAUAAUUGGUGGCCAUCUAACCAGCCAUCCUUCUUCAACAGAUUAGUUGUGAUAUACAAGCAGUGUAUUGAGUAUCUGCUGCAGUUGCCAGAUACAACGAAUCCCUUAGAGGUAAAUAAACGGCAUGCAGGUCUCUUCACAUCCAUGGAAAUGCUGCAGAAAUUGAAUCAGGUGAAUGAAGCAAACAACCAGAUCAUUCCCUACCACAAGUUUUACGUGCCAGAACUGAAAGAUAAAGUGAAUAUACGCGCAGACUACAUUAGCUGGGUACAACGAACACAUAAUAGAAGUCAAGUUGGCAGGGUGGCUGUGCAGGGUCUGUACUUCUGUAACUACCCUUUCCUGUUUGAUGGAGCGGCCAAAAGUGCUCUGUUGCAGACUGAUGCGGCUUUACAAAUGCAGAAUGCUAUUGAAAAUGCACAGCAUAUCAACCUACUGGGUCUUCUGAUGCCUGUGCAAACAUUUGACCCAGUUAAUCCUUGCCUGGUCUUGACUGUCACACGGCAAAACUUGGUCCAGGACACUUUGCGGCAACUGCAUGGGAAACACAGCGCAGAACUGAAAAAACCUUUGAAGGUUGUCUUUAAAGGGGAGGAGGCUGUUGAUGAAGGCGGUGUUAGAAAGGAGUUCUUCAUGUUGCUUCUGCGAGAGGUGAUGGACCCAAAGUACGGCAUGUUCCGGACUCAUGAUAUAUCCAAUCUACAGUGGUUUAAUCCUGCAACUUUUGAUGAGCCCGACAUGUUCAGAAUGAUUGGCACACUUUGUGGCCUGGCCAUCUACAACUUUACCAUCAUAGACCUGCACUUUCCAUUGGCUCUUUAUAAAAAGUUGUUAAAAAGAAAUGUCACCUUGGAUGACGUCAAAGAGUUAAUGCCAGAUGUUGGCAGAGGUUUACAAGAUCUCAUCGACUUCGAAGGGAGUGAAUUCUCAGAUGUGUUUGGUUUAACAUUUGAGGUCAUCCAAGAGCAGAAUGGAGAGACUGGGUCCGUGGAAUUGUGCCCCGAUGGAGCUAACAGAGUGGUCAACCAGAGCAACAAACUGGAGUACAUCAAUCUGUAUGUAGAUUAUUUGCUCAAUAAGUCGGUGAAGACUCAGUUUGAUGCCUUCAGUGAAGGCUUUCAUAACGUCUGUGGAGGUGUGGUCUUGGAUUUGUUCCACCCUCAAGAACUGCAGGCCAUGGUUGUGGGAAAUGAAGAUUAUGAUUUCCUCGAGCUUGAGAAGAACACUGACUACAAAGGGGAGUACCAUCGCUACCAUCCAACCAUUAGUUUGUUCUGGGAGGUGUUUCACGAGUUGAGUCUGGAGGACAAGAAGAAAUUUCUCUUGUUUCUGACUGGAAGUGACCGCAUCCCCGUCUUUGGUAUGAAAUAUGUGAAGAUGAUUAUUCAGCCUACAGGAGGAGGCGAAGAGUACUUGCCCGUCGCUCACACAUGCUUCAAUAUCCUUGACCUGCCUAAGUAUACCACCAAGGAGAGGCUGCAGGCGAAACUGCUACUAGCUAUUGAACAAACUGAGGGCUUUGGUUUAGUGUAG